UGUAUGUGUGUGUGUGUGUGUGUGUGUGUGUGUGUGUGCUUGUGCAUGUGUGUGUCUUUUUACUAUGCUCGCAGUUAAAUGUAUAUUUUCUUUUGUGUUCUUUGGUGCUGGUGGCCUCCAUGUCUGUAUCUAGGAUUUCCCAGGAUAGUAUCUGCAGUGUUGGUUUAGUGAGCAUGUAUUCUUUGGGAUUUCAUUGUUUUGGAAAACCUUUACUUCUUCAUCAGUUUCUAAGGCUCAUUUUUCAGGAUAUGAAAAUCUAGAUUGACUAUUGUUUCUUUGCCCAAAACACUCCUAGCUUAUUUAGGUUUUUUAUAUCUUCUUGGUUUAAUUUUGGUAGGUCAUACUUUGUUAGAAAUUUGUCAGUCUCUUAUAGAUGUUCCAACUUAUUGUCAUAUCAUUUUUCAAAAUAUUUCUUAAUGAUCCUUUAGAUUUCAGUAGUAUUUGUUGCAAUAACCCCAUUCACACUUCUAAUCUGAACACAUGCCCAGGAUGAUUGAGAUACCUGUCCCAAAUUCAGUACCACUCAGAAAAAAUAAAAAAGUGAGAAUAAAGAACUGCCAUGUACAAACACAUCAGCUAUGGAUAUAUGGUAAUAACUAGCUAAAACAAUUAUGACUGCAUCACCAACAACAGUAGAAAAGAAAGAAAUAAAAACUAUAUAAUGAACUAAAAAGUUAACAAUGAGUAUUCUAACUACACAAGUGUAAUUUUAAAAGUCUUUUUUAAAAGGUAAAUAUUUCUGUCAAGAAGUAGGUCAGUCAUGUUUCUAAAGAUAACUUCCUCAAACUACCCCAAUCAGGUCUUUUUAACCUGGCCUCUUUGGCCAUUGCUUUGUGGAGAAAACAUAGGCUGUGUGUUCUUUGCUGUUUUUUUUUUUCCUCCUUUUUAUUGCAUCCCUGGGAACAAUACCAAGUCAUUUGUGAGCAGAGCUGGUUAUAAAACACUUUGUUACUCCUCUUUGCAGUAGUGGUGGGAGCAGAAGCAAAAUUUCCUCCUGCAGUCUUUUACUCUAUUUAUUUUGCAUAUUCAUAUGCCUUUCACAGCCUGUAAACUUGCAUCUAGAAAUUUUGGGGGUCUCAGUAUCCUCACUGAACCAAAUGGGAUGAAAGCAGUAGAAUCCACAUACAUUGCAAUCUUUUCAGCUAUGAUAUUCCAAAUUUCCCUCCUGUUUGUCAGUUUCCCAAGUUGAAAUCUGUCAGUUUCCUCCACUGCCAAGACAAGUCUCAAGGCCAACAUAUGCUGGAUGAAUGUAUUGUUUUUGUUGCUGAUUCCCAGAGAGGAACAAUGUAGGAAAUGGUCAGCUCAAAGUAGGAGAUUCAGACAAGAACUCCCUACACCAUGGUUGUGUGGUGGGAAGCAGGAAGUAUGUCCUCAGCUCCUGUACAUUAUGCAAAUUCCUGAUCCACUGUCUGUGUAGAAUGCACUUCAACACAGUGAUAAGGUCUGUGCUAGCUAUGUUUUCAUGUUAGUCCCACUUUUUCCUGUCAUGUCCACACAUGCUUAUAGAUCCACAGAAGUCAUCCAGCCUUGGGGCUCCAUUGCUCACACUGUUCCACAACCCUCAGAUUGUUUUUCAAGUUUCUCCUGAUACCUGAGCUUCAGUACCUUCUCUGAGUCACACAGUUUUUUUUUUUUUUUUUUUUUUUUAUCGGUACCAAGGAUCAAACUCAUGACUGCCUGCUUACAAGGCAGAUACUUAUGCUGCUGAGCUAAAUCCCCAGCCCCAAGUCACACAUUUCAAAGAUUAAGGGCUCUCCAGGUGUUUGCAUCCUGUACCUGUAGAGAAGCUGCUGGUUAAUGAAUGCUUCAAGCCAACUAUCUUUGAACCCCCUUAAAAUGAAAUUAUUUAUUCCUUUUCUGUCACUGAGGAUUUAAGCCAAGGUCUUGUAUAUUUUAGGCAAGCUUUCUACUGCUUAACUGUGUAUUUUAUAUAUUUAUAACUGUAAGAGAAAAGAUAUCACUGUAUCAUUUGAACCUCUGAAGUAUAAAACUGUGUAUGUUCACUGCCAUGGAAGUUGAGAAUUUACUUUAGCUAAAACUCUAGUCAAAUGUAGUAUGUCCCCACACUGAUUUCUCCAGUUAUAUGUGUGACUCUGCUACCUGUGUGGCACCCAUUGGUCCAGAACCUGAGCUCAAAGUUCUCAUUAGAAGAAAUCUUAGCUUUCCUAGCAGUUUGCUUUGCUUUCCUUUCAGUUUUUAAAUGAAGAAUACCUUAAUCUUUGAUUUAAUUUGUAAAGCAGCCAAAUAAAGUUCACUACUUACAUUUUUCCAGUGACUCUGGCCCAAUCAUAUGAAGUGCUUAUCUAAAUGGAAAAAUUUGAUUAUUAUUCCAUAUUCCUUAUGUUAAUAUAAAUGAUAUGUAAAAUAGUUACUACUAAUUGAAGCUUUUUGCUUUCUUUUUCCAUUUUUUCCUUUUGAAAAGAUAAUUGGCACAAUCACAUUAUGGCUGAUUAUAAAUGGCAUUUUCCAUUUGCUAAGAAUAAUUUUACUGAAACACAGAAUAUGUAAAUUAGAUAUGGAUUUUGAAGUAUUUCAAUUGCUUUGUAAAAUUUGAAUUCAUGCUAAGUACAUGGUAUUGUUUUGUUAUGGGAUAGGGCAAGAUAAAUAGUGAAUGACUUAUGUUUUUCUUACAUAGGGAAUAUAUAUAUAUAUAUGCACAGUGGUAAAAAUGUAUCCUUUUUACUCUUUUAACUGUAGGGCUUAGUUGUACCAAGUAUAUUAGUAUUGUGUAAAAAUUGCCAUUGUCUCCAGAAAUGCUUUUUGUCUUUUGAAAUGAAUCUCCAUUCCCUUUAAAGCACAACCCUCCAUAUCUUUCCUCCAAAUAUCUGGCUAACACGAUUUUACUUUGUGUCUCAACUGAACUGCUCUAGGACUGUCAUGAUUUAUGCCUGUGGCCUCAAGGCCUCAUACAUUUACAUUGUGCAUUGGUGAUUGGUUCAUUGUCUACUGCUUGGAUUGAUGGUGUCAGUGCUAUACCCACAUAGGAGCGGAGCCAGGAUGUAACGUAAUGGCAGGAAGAAGGUGUGUCUUGCUGUCUUGCUAGUUCCAGCUUGUCAUUUGCAGUGGCCGUGAGCUGCGGUCCUGCCAUGUCACCCUGCAUUGGAGCACACUGAGUAUGGACUGAAAUCUCCAAAAACUGUGAUAAAUAAAGCUUCCCUUUCCCAACUUGGUGCAUCAGGAAUUUUUUCUCAGUGACAAGUAAAAAGUAACUAAGACAGAAUUUGGUACCAGCAGUGGGGUCAUUUGCUGUGACUAUACCUGAGCAUGUUUUUCAAGAGGCUUUGGAAAUGGUUAGAGAUAAGAAAGAUGACCCCAGGGCAUCCCAGGAAGCAGCAGGUCUCCAUACUUUGUAGCCUCAAAACUGCAAAAGUAAAAGAAUUUUCUUAGAGGAGAAAGUUGCAGAGCACCAUGCUCCAGUAUGGCGAUGGAGGCCACAUGAGGUUCCAGAAUGUCAACAACAUAGAGAAGCUUUUCUUCACAAUCAGAUUCACAAAGCCCAAGGAUCUAGGCAAUUGACCCCUUCAGCUAAGAGAGAGAAAAACCUGGCAACUGCUCCAGCUGGCAGCAAACUUUGGUGGCAUCCACAUGAUGCUGAUUUUAGGUGCAAAGAAAACACAUAAAUUCUGAGGGUAAGAUGGCUUCCACCUGUAUUGCAAAGGGUCUGGGAGGUCAACCAGUGUGCUCCUGAGAGGGCAAUUUUUAAAGAUGUAAGGUUAAGCCAAAGGUGCAGUGGAGACCUCAGAAUUUGGAAAAGCUAAAAAUGUGGAUCAUCCAAGGAAAGCUGCAAAAAGUGAGCAGAGCGGGUUUAAGAGAAAAACUGCAUGAGCUGAAAUCACUGGAAGUGCCAUGGGAGUGGAAUCACCCAAGCCUUUUGGAGCUUGCAAUCAGAUUGCUUGAAAUGUUGAGCAUGGAAAUCUAGGACUUAAUGUUUGACCUGCUGGAUGUUGGACUUGCUUUGUUUCCAAUGCUUUAUAUUCCCCAGUUUAUAAAUUGUGGAAUGGUAGUUUAUCUUGUGCCUUUGCAUUUCAGAAAUGGUUAACCAUGUUUCAUUUGUACAGGCUGUUACAGUUAGGAGUUUGCCAGAGAUCUUGGAGGAGACCUUGGACUUGGACUCUUCAGGAUUGCUGACACUGUUAGGACUUUGGAAACUCUUGGAGAUGGACUAAAUGUCUUUUGUAUAAAAGAUGUAGAUGAGUCCUUGGGGCCAAGGGUAGAAUGUCAUGGUUUAGAUCUGUGGUCCCCAGGCGUCAUGUGUUAGUAUUGUGUGUUUGUGAUUGGUUCAUUGUCUAGUGCUUGGAUUGAUGGUGUUAGUGCUACACCCACAUAGGGGUGGAGCCAGAAUGUAAUGUAAUGGCAAGAAGAAGGUGUGUCUCACUCUCUUGGCGUUUUCAGCUUGCCAUUUGCAGUGGCCAUGAGCUGUGGCACUGCCAUGCCACCUGCCUUGGAGCCAAUUGAGUAUGGACUGAAACCUCCAAAAACUGUAAAAAAAUAAAUCUUUCCUUUCCCAACUUGGUGCAUUAGGAAUUUUGUCUCAGCGACAAGUAAAAAGUGACUAAGGCAAGGACUUUCAUAUUUGUGAAGUCAUAAGUAUUUGGCUGUUGGUCACUAAUUUGUUUCCACUGUGUCAUUUCUUCAGGGUUCACCCUAGUUGUAAUAUAUGUCACUACUUCCUUAUUUUACAAGACUGAAUUACUGUCACUACAAUAGUGUAUACAUGCAUUUUAUUUCUCCACUCACUUAUUGAAGAAAAUUUUCGUUUCAUCUACUUUUUGGUUAUUGGAAACAUUGCAGCUCUAAGUGUACUGAAGUGAAAAAUAGGUAAGUAAAUGUAGAUCUGGAUUUUUAAGAAAUUUUGUUGCUUUGUUUAAAGUUAAAAAAUCCAAUAAGAAUUUGAAUUUAUGAUAAGCACAGGAUACAUGUUACUGUUUUAUUAUAGGAUAAGAUGAAUUGAAAACUGAAUAAAGCUAAUCUUUCUUAGACAUGUCAAUGUAUAUAUAGGAGUAAACUACACAUGGUGAAAAAUUUGCCUUUUUACCUUUUUAAGUAUACAGCUGAGUCAUAACAAGUACAUUGUCAUUGUGUAACUAUCUGACACCAAGCUGUUUUUCAUAUUCUGAAAGGUAAUCUCCAUACCCAUUAAAAAACAACUCAUAUCCAUUCCUCUAAUAGUUGGCUAACACUAUUUUACAUUAUGUCUCUGAAUCUACCUAUUCUAUGACUUUCAUAUACAUGGAGCUGCAAGUUUUGUUCUCCUAAUCACUGAUUUGUUUCCGUUAGCAUAAUGUUCUCAAAGCUCAUUCAAAUUGUGUGUUACAAUUUACUUCAUAAGGCUGAAUAAUCAUCCAUUCUAAAUAUCUCUAUACACAUAAAGAUAUACACAGAACAUCAUUUAUCCACUCAUUCAUGGAAGAAAAUUUACCUUCCAUCUAUUUUUUGACUGUUGUGAACAGUGAUACCUAGAGUAUGCAAGUACGCUUUCAGUGCUUUGCAGUAGAUACCCAGAAGUAAAAUUACUGGCUCACAUGAUAAUGGUGUGAAUGUUUUGAGGAAUUGCCCUAGGUCUCUUCCAUAGCACCUAUAUACAAUAUUUUGAACUCUUACCAGAAGUUCACAAGAGUUCUGGUUUCUCCAUACCAUCACUAAUGAUUGAUACUUUUUACUUGUUUCAAUAAUUGAUCUGCUGCAUCUUUGGAGCAAUAUCUGUUCAAUUCCACUGCUCCCUUUAAAAUUGAAUUAUAUGAGUUUGGUGUUACAUUUUUAUACUCAUGGGACAUUGAUCCUUAUUAAAUAUAUGAUUUGCAUAUAUUUUACCCUUCUCUGUAGAUUGUGUUUCCAAUCUGUUAACAGUGCUUUCUGUGCAUAAAUAUCUUUAAUUUUGAUGUAGUCAGUUUUAUCUGAUUUUUGUUUUGCUGUUAACCAAUUUGCUAGAUGUGUUUUAUUUAACAUUGAGCAAUAGCAUAAGUGAGUAGGAAUCAGUUUUUUUUAUUGUUAUAUGGGUAACACAUUAGUAUUGUGAUUCUGACCUCUUGUCAUUCAUAAUGUUCACAUGAAAAUCUAAAGCCUUUGAGACUUUAUUUAGCUUCCAUUUCUCUGUGCAUAAUCUAGCAAAGAUACUUUGCAUUUUUAUAGUUAAAUUGAAGUUCACAGCAUUUGUAUGACCUGUAUAUGCUCAGGAUGCCAGCAAAAUACUUAAAACAGAUUCUUCAACCACAGAAGUUAAUUUUCCUCAUUCCUGGAGCCAGGAAUCUGUGGUCAGAUUUUCAAUCCAGCAGAGUCAGGCUCCUGUUUGGGUCCCAACCUGGCUGGCAGAUGGCCACCUUCUCUUUGUUCCCACCUGUGGCAGAACAUCUUUCAUUGUUUCUUCUCAUUUUAAAGACAUAAACUCCAUCUGAAGACUGCACUAUGAAGAAUUUUUUCUACUUUAGUACAUCUCAAAGCAGUGAUGGUGAACCUUUUAGAGAACGAGAGCCUAAGCUGCAAACCAGAACCCACUUAUUUAUUGCAAAGUGCCAACACUGUAAUUGAGAUUUUACUUCAGAAAAACAACUCAUGACACCAUGAUGGACAGGGCUCUAUAUGCCUGCCGUGGCACAGCUGCCAUAGGUUCACCAGCACUGUCUCAAAGGAUGUAUUCUCCAAAUACAAUAGCAUUGAGGAUUCAUAUUCAGCACGUGAAUUUAGCAGAACACAGUUCGUACACAGAAGCCUAAGAUCAUGAAUUUCAAAAUGUGCUGUAAUAUGAGCUCACAUAGGACACACAUGGAAACAGAGAUGGGGAUAAGACUUCACAGAGUCAUGCUUCCCAUUCGCAUUUAACAAAAACAAUUCUACUUUUGUUAUUUUAUUUUAAAAAUCUGCUUAGUGUUAUACCAUCUGUUGAAAUAGGUAGAAGGCAGACUUACAAAUGUUGAACUCACUGCACUGGUGCUUUUGUCCCUGCAGAGCUACAGUGCUUUUCUUCCUGAUGGUCUGCUAGUGUUUCAGCAGUGUGUCAGCCAUGGAUAUGUUUAUGGUUGAGAAGAAGAUUUUUGUGCACAAGUAUAACAAUGGAUACUAUGAACUAUCAUUCUAUUUCCUGGGAAAACUGUUAGCUGAGUGGCUACCCAUGAGACUCCUGCCAAGUAUUAUUUACCUGUACUCUGUACUUUGUGACUGGUUCAAAACCAGCAGCUGAAACUUUCUUCAUCAUGCUGUUUACACUUGUGUUGACGUCUUGUCCAGUCAGUUCCAUUGCACUGGCCAUAGCAGCAGGUCAGAGGAUAGUCUCCAAAGCAACCCAUAUUCUGGACAUCUAUUUUCAAUUCAUGAUGGUGAGUAUAAAUAGAGCUACUCUGACAGAGAAUUUUCUUGCUCUUUCCUGAACAUUCACCUAUCCCAUGAAACCUUGUGGGGGAUGAGGUGUCACUUUGUAGGCCCAACCCCCUCUAACCUGCAAUUUACAAUAGCCCCCCUGGUAUGCGAGACCGAGGUAGAAUAGGAAUGCCUGUUCUUAGUGAGAUCUCUCACCCUCUGGAAUCCAUACUGUGAGCUGGCUUUGUUUUGCAGAAGUCUUGAGGAAGUGGCUGGCCACCCUUUGUGACACUAACAGCAGACAAAUUAACAACAUUCUUGAGCUAAUGAAUUUCUUCCUGGGCUAGAGAAGUUAGGAAAACUGGUUGUGGUUAUUUACUUCACUUAGAUAGUUUAGAAUAAACAUUGUAGUCUGUCACGUUGUAGCUUGCCACAAAGAAUGCCUUUUCACUACUUAAUUAUCUGGGCUCUGUGAACUGAUCCAGUUUACUAUAUAUGAAUCUUAAAAUAAAGAUUGUGCAUGCAGUGCAGUGUAAUGCGGUGCAGGCAGUAAAGGUGCCGUGUCUCUCCUGUCUUCCUUUCCGAGCACUGUACCCCCCGUGUCCCGAUCAGGCGUGUUUGCGUGUUUACCUUUCCCGGAGUUCAGAGUGCCCUAGACACUCAUGACAAGUGGCGCCCGAACAGGGACUCCGAAGGUUGCUUAGGAAGAAAAUGGAAUUCAGCAGUGGGUCCCUGGACGAUGGAUCAGGAUCCGCGCCUCCAGACCCUGUUCGCCAGUCCCGGAGACAACUCCCCCAGGAACCGGAACCGUGCCUUCAGAAGCGAGCGCGAAACCAGCUAGAGGCUGAGGAUGCUGAGCUUGUUCCUGUCGCAGCCAUGGCCAGAUUACAGCUAAGAAAUUCCCGCCGCUCACAGCGACCAAAUUUAAAUCCCCUCCCUACAUGGGGACAAAUAAAGAAAUUGACCAUAGAAGGGCAACGGCUUGUCCUUCAAGCAGGAAAGCCUUUAAACCCUGAAAACUUGUUUUUAGCUUUAUGUGCCUUGCUCACCGUUGCAUCGGGGACUGAGGUAUCCCCACAUUCUUACUGGGCAUAUAUUCCAAAUCCCCCUUUAUUAGAACCUGUAAAAUGUGGAACUAGUGAUAUUUUACUUUAUACCACACCUAGAGAAAUUUUGUCAGCACCGUGGGCUGAUUUAACCCCCCACAAUCAAGAUGAUGGGGCAUUAUUCAAUUUUACUUAUUAUGGUAAUCAAAGGCCUAUUUGCAUUGGAGAACCGCCUUGCAUCCCUCUGGGAUGGCAGUAUUGGAUUCAACAUGGAAUAAAAGCAGGCAACAAAAGGACAAGGCUUCAAGCCUUGGCUGCUCAAACCUUUAAUGAUACCUGGAGAAAUUUAACAGCACCUGAUACAGAUACAUUUCCUGUAUGCCCUGAUUUCACUUAUAAGAAUAUUUCUUAUUAUCCCAUAAUUUGGCAACAGUGUAUGGGAAAAUUUGCUAAAAAUAUUGAUGGGUAUAUUAUUUGGGGACCAUUUGGAAAAUUCGUUAAUGGAUGUGCUGAAUGGAAUGAGACAAGAUGUAAUCUCUCUGUUGUGUAUAGUCUUCCAGAUCCAAAGAAAAUAACUGACGGAGCUCCUAUCUUGCCUCAAAAGACGCCUCUUUUGUGGUGGGGAGAUGGUGGAAUCGCUAACCCUGCUGUUGCAGCCGAAGAAUACCCUCAUCACCUUCAAAAUCAUAUUUGGAAGAUUCCAGCCGCUAUGUAACCUGUAACCUUGUACAAUGUUUCCUAUUCAGGGACUAGUCGAUCUGUAUCUACUACUUAUAAUUUUACUAGGUUUAAAAUGUAUAAUAUUACUGUUUGUGCACCUCUGCUUUAUGUCUUUUUAGUGGGAACUUUUAAUUUUACACAUUUUUCUUGUACUUGUUUAAAUUGUCAAUUGUUCACCUGUUUAAAUAACACAUUAAAUUUCACUAAGCCUUAUACAGUUAUGCUGUUACAACAAAAAACUCAUAUUUGGUUGCCUGUAAAUUUAACUCAACCAUGGUCUCAAGACCCGGUAAUUUCUGUUACUACUGAAUUUUUUAAACAUCUGUUAAAACGUACAAAAAGAUUUAUUAGAAUAGUGGUUGCUGUACUGUUAAGUCUGAUAACUGUAGCCUCCCUAGCAGCAGUCUCAGGAAUAGCUUUACAAACCUCUUUGCAAAAAAAACAUGUUGUAGAAUUAUGGCAUGAAAAUUCUCAUGAACUUUGGUUAACUCAGUGGCAAAUAAAUGCCAAACUACUGCAGCAAAUAGACCUCCUUAAACAAACAGUUAAAUGGAUGGGUAGAAAAAUAUUGGCUCUUCAGCAUCAAGUGUUUUUAAAAUGUGAUUGGAAUUCAACUACUUUCUGUAUAACCCAACGACCUUAUAAUCAAACAGAACAUGAAUGGGAAGUGAUUAGAAUGUAUCUAAAUGGAAACACCUCUGCCCAGGAAGAAAUAGAAUCUUUGCAUAAUCAAAUUGACAAGGGUUUUGCAAAGCAAAAUGAUGAUGAAUCCCUGGCACAAUUCACGCAAUUGCUUGCUCAAUCUUUGAAAGGAUUAGAUUCCAAAGAAAUCUGGCAGAGCAUAACCCACACUUUAAAUGGCAUGGGGCUUAGUUUAAUUAUAGUUCUCAUUGCCAUAGUUCUUGUGUAUUUUUAUUGCAUAAGACGAAAUACUAUUAAUAACCUGAUCUUAUGGAAAUUGUUGUUAAAAAAUAAAAAGGAAGGAAGUGUGGGGGAUGAGGUGUCACUUUGUAGGCCCAACCCCCUCUAACCUGCAA